AUGAGAAACGGCACCGUACAUUUUGGGGUUCGGGGGGAAAUGCUACUCCUAGCACUGCCGCGGUGCGGCUCCUGCCCGUGGCCCUACGGCGAGGGGAACACGCUCCACGCUUCCAGAACAGAGAACUCCCGGACGGUCCUUCUUCUUCGGGGAGCCGAGGGGCUCCUGUCUCAGCGCCUGCCAGGCAGAGGCGGCUCCUGGCCCGUCUGGGAAGGUCGUCCAGGAUCUCCUCAGAGCCCCGGGAGCAUCCCUGGCGUCCGGCCUCGCCCGCCGCCUCGUCAGCCGAAGCAUCGGGCGGCGCCGCUGUCCGAGGGCGGGUUUAAAGGGGAACCCCCCGACGGCGUCCUCCGUCCCUCCCGCCCCCCGGCCCCCCGGCCCCCCAUCUACCUGGAGUCGCUGGUCUCCGCCAGGCGGUUGUUCAUGAUCCCCAGAAGUACUAAAGAGCUCUCUUUGUGGACCUGUCCUUUCCACCCUCCAGUUCAGCUUUUCUUUAUCAUCCGCAAUACUAGACAGUCCUAUGAAUUUGGCAUCUCCAAAAUCAAGCUCUGGAAUUAUUGGACAACUUACAAUGAUCUUGACAUAGGUGCAAAAAAGGUGAAGCUUUAUGUCAAUGAAAACCUUGUAUUUGAUGGAGAGUUAGAAAAAGGCAGUGGGGAGCUGGUUGCUGAUUGUAGCACCACAAUUGACCUUAAAAAUGAUGGACAGGAGAAUACGGCUACUCCUAACACAGAAGAAAGCAAAGACACAUGCAGGACCACUGGCGCAGAUGGUGGCAAGGAAUUUGGUUUCAAUUAUUCACAGCCAGAUGGAACCUCUUCACAUUUGAAGGCAUCGUUGGAUGGAAAUAUCUUUGAUAUAAAGAUGCACUCUACUAAUUGUACAAAGGACAAUUUGUCUAAGUUAGAGGAGGAUUUAAAAGUUUUAUCUGCUCCUGUCUCCAUGGUCGAUGAACCAAGUAACCCUCCAGAAUCCUCUGUUGUGAAAUACCCUUCUGAUGAUGAACUGACCAUAACUGAGCAAUUAGAAAAAUUCACAAACAGAAAAAUCUCUCAGCCUCUAAGUAAAACCCCACCUUGGUUGCUAUCUUUUUCCAAAAUGAAAGAUAAGCCAGAAGGCAAGAAACAGAAGCCUCCCUGGCUGAGUCCAGAGGAGCCUCUCGAAUUGAAAAGCAAACUACAAUCAGAUGGCAUCACUAAAGAAUUUCUUGGAGAAAAUGAAGAAAAUGAUAACUGCCUCCGAAGGGAACAAGGACGAGCCAGUAGCCGCCCUGCCAUUGGAAGUGACAGGCCACAGGGAAGAACUGAAAAGGGGGACAUUGACGACUUAGAUAUUUUUGACCUACUUUCUAAUAAGGAUCGCUAUGGCCCAGAACGCCCUAUCAGUGGGAGGAGGAGUUCAAGAAAGGAUGCUUUUAGCAGUAAUCAUGGAGAUGAAGGUCUGACCAAUAAAGAGGAUGCCCUUCCUAUCAUGUCUACAAAGAUGACUCGAUGCAGGUGGAACAGUGAACAAGAACAUACUCUCCAGGAGUCUUGGAACUCCCUCACUGCCUUUAAUCGUUCUCACCGGGGUCGCAUAUCCAAUAUGGAAUUUCAGGGUGAUAUCUUUGAUGAAUUCUUGCAGCAGCAGAAGAUUAAUAGACAUGGGGAACAACCAUCAGUGAAAAAAGAAGGAAAACAGGAGUCAUUGAAAGGACAGGAAGAUUAUUCCAUGGAUACAGAUGAUGAAAGUGAUUUUAAAAUUCCAGUGUUGCCUCAUGGACAACACUUAGUUAUUGACAUUAGAUCAACCUGGGGAGACAGACACUAUGUUGGCCUUAAUGGAAUUGAAAUUUUUAGCUCCAAAGGAGAGCCUGUACAAAUUUCUAACAUAAAAGCUGAACCCCCUGAUAUUAACAUUUUACCAGUCUAUGGCAAAGAUCCUCGUGUAGUAACCAACCUAACUGAUGGUGUGCAUAGGACCCAAGAUGAUAUGCAUCUUUGGCUGGCCCCAUUUACUCCUGGCAAAUCUCACUAUAUUUAUAUUGACUUUGUUCAGCCUUGCCAAGUGGCCAUGAUUAGAGUUUGGAAUUAUAAUAAAUCACGGAUACAUUCUUUUCGUGGGGUAAAAGACAUCAUAAUGUUAUUAGAUGAACAGUGCAUUUUUAAAGGAGAAAUUGCCAAGGCUUCAGGAACACUGACAGGAGCCCCAGAACAGUUUGGAGAUACUAUAUUAUUCACAACUGAUGAUGACAUUCUAGAGGCUAUAUUCUGUUCUGAUGAGACAUUUGAUAUUGAUGUUGAAACUCUGUGUAAUCUGAGAUAUGAGGAAGAAUUCAAGAGACCCCAAACAGCAGAUGGUGAGGGAGAUGAAAGACCAUUCACCCAAGCUGGUGUACGGAUAGAUGAUCAGGUUCAAGAGCAAGAGUUGCCCUCCAGCCCAUCUCUUCUUGAGUUGACAACCCCAGAGCCUGGAGUUUAUAGUGGAAUGUCUGACAGAAAUCAGAAGGAAGAUCAAUUGCAAGACCAGGGCCUCAUUUCAGAAUUGGGAUUUAUCCGAUUUCCAUUUGUCAAGAUGCCAUAA